UUCAUGUCAAUUUCAUUGUUGCAAGCUACCGGAACAGUUCGGAAUAUUUCGUUAAGUUCCGUUUACACCCACGUGAUGCCAAUAGUCCAAUCAGGUUUCUAAAUUGCUCGUUCCUCGAUCGAAGAAAUCGCUGCCAUUUUCCUUCUUGAUGUGAAACGUUUUAAAAAAGUUUCGUGAAAAUUGUACAUUUUACUGGCGUUUAUUAAAUUUUUUACCCUCGCUGUGGAAAGCAACGCCAUGCGUUUAGCAUGACUUCUGGUAGUUUAGCUUCAAGUGGCGUCGAUAUACGGGAAUGUAGUUCAAACCUCUUUACUUUGGCUGAUGUUAAUGGAUUGAAGUGGUGUAAAUACACCGGAAAUCCAUGCUCCUUGGAUAAGCCACUUGAUGAUCCUGUGCUUGUCUCCUUCACCAAUGCUCUACAGAAUAACAUUCUCUGUUCUUGGCGGCAUUCACCUCAGUAUGCAGAGCAAAGGUUGAAUGAAAACUUGUCAUGCCCAGAGAGCUCUAAAGAACUUUGGUUGUUUUGGUAUGGGGAUGAUCCAAGAACUGUGAAUGUCGUGGAUAGUAGCUUGAAAGAAGCUGAUCAUGGUUGCUGGGAAACCAAUUUUCCUGAAGAGGCCAAAGUCUUAUUGUUCAAAGCACUUCAUAAUACUUUGGAAAGGCAUCUUUUGUCAUGUGACUAUAUACGUAUUGGAAAAUGGUUUGUUGACUUGGCAGAGAAAUCAUCUGAGAUGGAAAAGAAGAAGCUGUUUUUUUCGUUUGCGUUUUCUGUCCAAGGAGGUGGUAAAAUAUGUCUUACGGUGGAUGUUAAAUCUCUUCCUGGAGUACGUCAUAUUGUUCAGGAUGAUUUAGCCAAAGCAGCUACUGAGAAAGAAGAUUUUAAUGUUAUUCUUGGUCCUUAUGGCAUAAAAGCAAAACUCACUGGUCAUUGUUAUCAACGCGAUGCCAAGGGAGUAAGUCGGCUGUUGGAAGAUUGGAAUCGAUUCUUCCCUCUUCAUGUCCUUGAUGAAUGGAGUGAUAUAUCUGAAAAGACAAACAUAGAUAUACCUGUGGUGGUUGGGGUGAUUGUGGAGGAUAAUUUCAUUAAAUAUCCAUCACAUUACAUCUUGAUCUCUGUAGAAGACAACAAUACUGAAGGCAAUUCCAGUGAAACAAAACAAUUUACUACACCUCCUGCUUCACCUUUUACAAUGAAGGAUACAAACACGAUGAACCAAGUACAUGCUUCAACCGUUUCAACAGAAACCUCUGUUAAUUUGGAGUGUUCCUCGAAGCUAGGAGGUAGCAAGGAAAUGGCGUGUGAACUAGUGAAUGAAUCAUGGAGAGACAUCACUGCAACAAAAUCAACAAGCAAAUCUUCAAGUGGUGCCAUGUCGCAGAAUAAAACAUUCGCGACAAAUUUCAAAACCGAUCAGGAGUCGUUUUGGAAAUUGAAAGAACCUUUGGCGCGAAAAUUUUGUUCUUGUACGUCGAGUAGUAACGUUAGCCGUUCGCGUACCAAUCCACCUAACAGGCCUUUUGGGAUAAACCGUCCCAGUCCAUCUCCAUCUCAAAACAGCACCACUGCGCUUGCGCACAAAAUAAAGAAAGAGCGGGAACGUAAAGCCAUACUACCCUUUCAUUUGAGAGCAAAAAAACUGCGAAAUAUUAACUCUGCCUCAAAAGGUUUCUCAACUUCUGACGUAUCGACAACUGUUGCCGAUCAAAAUCGGCAGCCAAACAGUCAUGAUUCUACUGCAAAAUCUACGGACAGUACGGACGAGUCACGGACAAGUCCGAAGCUGGAGCCAUUUUCCAAUGAAAAUGUAUCAAAUAACAAUAAUAAUAAUGAUGAUGUGUUUUUUAAACCGAUGCCUCCCGCUCCAACUAGAAUUUCUGAUUCUCAACAGUCGUUAGAUUAUUGGAAAAAGUUGUCACGAGUUAAGGACUCGACGUAUACGAAAUCAUUGAUCUCGAACUAUGAAAAUAAAUGGAAAUGUUAUGAUGUUUUUACUGGUGGUCAAACUAUUCGGCCCACUCUCCCUGAUGAUGUGCUCGAUUUUAGGGAAGGCGAGGAACAGCCUCUGACAAUGGAAAAAGUAGUUUCAAUGCCUGAAAAUUCAGGUGAUGUGCAUAAAAUUGAAACCGUUGAAAACAAGAAUUAUCAUCGCAAAAGAACUUUGCCGGAUGAGCGAACGACUGAAGAAGUUGCACCUGCAAAACGCAUGCGCAAAAGCUCUUCGUCAGGUCAAUCGAAUCGAAAUAAAUCUGAAACAUCCGCUUCCAUAAAGGCUCGAGGGCGACGACAAUCGAGUACUAGUACCAAACCUCCCCUCCUUACACCUUCUCCAGAACCAGGAAACAAUGCAAUGGAUACGAACGAUUCUGUAUUUUAUCCUGUGCCAACCUGCCCACGUGGACGAGCCAACAGUGCGAGUAGUUGCUCAGCCACAUCACCUGCGACCAGUGGUACUUCAUCUAAAGCACAUCGUAACUCAAAGCAGCGUAAACAUAGUAAAAAGACUACAGACAAUAAACCAAAAGAAGUUGUUGAGAAGCAAGAAGCACCUUUGCCAUUUCUAGCCUCACCCCCUACACCCAGGGGAAGCGUCUCAUUACGUACUGAAAAAGAUCUGCAAGUAACAAUUUCGGAUCUUGAUAAUCUAUUUGAUUCCCCAGAUGAUGAUGAAGAAGAUAAUAAACCGCGACCGCUAUCUGUACUUAACGACGAACGCUCUCCUUCAUUUCAAAACGCUCACGAUGACACAAAUCAGAAGACAAAAGCUGUAGUUAACACGGGACCUUGUGUCGUCUCACAUGCUGAUCUAGUACGCAUGUUUCCGACACCUCCAAUGGUGGAGAAUCAUCCUAAUUCACCUCAACCCCCUCUUAGUACUGGGCCCGAACCUGCUGAAGUUAGUGGACAGUCUGGUUUAAACAGCAUUGACGCCAGCAAAUCUUUAAAUGAUGAAAUUCACGAUUUGUUAAAUGAAAUUAAGGAAAUGCCAACAAUUUUUGAAAUUCCUUUGGAACAGGAAUAUCUAUGUGGUUCAAGUGCACUACUUUCAACAAGGAAAUCUUCAAAUUCUCUAUUGCUCAAGAAUGAAAUGGUUUACACACCUUCUCUUCAGAUGAAAGCUAGAGACUCUAUAAGUGAUCUGUCAAGUGUUACAGCCAAAGUUUCCUGUGCCAGUGUGUCGACUGGUCAACAUUUUGAUCUUAACUCGGUCACUAUGGCAACAAACAUGCAACAAACGUCGAAAGCAAGCUCUCCUGGCGACACUACUUCUGUGAAGUUUUUACCGGAAGUUGAUCAAAAUUCGAAUUUGUUGAAUGCGAACUUGUUUUUAUCGGAUUCAUACGUUAAUUACACGUCAGAUAGAAAUUUGGAUGAUACAAAUGCCUGCUCGUGUACUUCUACCGAGUGUAAGCUCAAUAAUCGAUUAUAUGUGGACAAUGAUAUCUGUGUUUGUGGUUUGGACUAUUCGAAAAGGAAAGAUUGCGAUCGCAUACUGGACUCUUUUCGAGCGAACCAUGUGGCUAAUAGUUGCAUAGAUGAUAUUGGUGUGAAUUUAGACAUUAGGUAUUGCGACAUGGCAAAAAGAAAAGAAGUUCCCGUUUUUGUAAAGAAUGAGGAAUCUGCUAAAGUUUCUAAAUCUGUACAGUCCGCAGAAUUACUGGGGUCUUGCAAUUCGACGUGUUUAGUGGAAAAUCUAUUGGAUCAGUUUUCUUCACCUCUGUGUGCGUCUGAUACCGCUGACAAACUGUAUUUUACGCCUUCAGACAAUGUCGACACGACCAAAGUGCUCCCAAUGAAAACAGCUACAGAAUUGGAAAAACAGUCCAAAAUCAGCGUCGAAUUUUUGAUGAAUUUGAAACCGAUCAUUCAGGAAUCGCUUCAUAAAGCCAUCCACUGGAAAACUUGGGAUCAGUUGUGUACGGUACAGGGUCCCCUCUCUUUAAAACAAUUAUGGCAAAUGAAUAACAAUGGUGUUCUCACAACAUGUGAUCCGGCAAGAAUCCCACGCGUGGUUGUUGGUCAAGACGGUAACUGGCUUUCCGUGUCACCAUUAGCAUUACAUCAUUGGGAAAAACUAUUUUUGGAACCGUAUACUUCACCACGUAAUGUCACCUAUGUUGUGGUAUCUCCUGAAAACGAAAUGACGAAUAUAAACGUGAAGUACUUUUUUCGGGAACUUAGUUCUGUGUACGAGACAUGUCAGCUUGGACGCCAUGUUCCUCUUAGUAAAAUUUCCAUGAUGGCAAGCGAUGGUAUUUUGAGAAUCGGUCCUAAACAACAGAAUAAAUAUGGGAAGAAAGUCGUUAGCUCUUGGUUUUCAAAGUUUGAAAAUGUUGCUGAAGGGCUCAGGGUAAAACUCUUUGCUCAAGUUUUUAAAUACGAACUCGGACCUUUACUCGAGAAACUACCGCUGGAUAAGUUAAACUCUACGGACUUCAUUCAGGAAAAUGGCAGGACUAGUAAGGAUUCUGCUACUGUUGUUGUAUACAUCAUCAAUCCUUUCGAAGAAUGCAGUGAUCAAAUCACUAGAAAUGAAUCGCAUUUUGCGUUGUUGAGAAGUUUUACGGAGAUGGCUUCUGAUCUUCCAGAGAAAAUUCGAUGUCGUUUAGUUUUGGAGAUAAUUCCCCUUCGUCAAGUGACUCAGGUCGAUGCUUACCAAAAAACCAAAGGAUCGUUAGUUUCGUUCGUUAAACUUCUCAAAACGACGGCGUUCUCAGUUUUCUCGCGAUGUCGAGUUGUUGUAAAGAAACCAGUUGUGACACGUGUACACACUGGAUUUUGGGCAACAUCUAGUCAAAGACAAGCGUUAAAAAAAUUGUUGCCUGAGAAAACCCGCGAAAGGGUCUAUUCACCUGCUUACAUCCUAGCAACUCCCACGAAGCUGAUACACAACGUUGAUACUGUGGAUUCACCGGAGGAUCUAACAAGACAUAAGGAAUCAUGCAGUUUACUGUUUUGUUGUUAUAGUCUAUCACAGGAUCAAAAAUGGUUGUUGGCGACUUGUACUAACGAAACUGGCUAUGUAAUGGAGACCUUCAUCACGAUUAUCGAGCCAUUUGGCUUCCAGGCCAAACGUCAUCGCCAUAGACAACGUAUCAAGGCCCUUCGCAGACUUUGGGAAUUUCUUCAAGGUAUUACGUCAUCGAUGGUUGAAGAUUGGAGGCUAGUGGUUGGAAAACUUGGUCGUUUCACGAGGAAUGAAUUACGAGAUUGGAAUGAAGUAAUUCCCCAUCAUUCACUAAACGAAGAUACUGAUAAAUGUAAAGCAUGUGCAUCCUCACGUUUUCAUUCAAGAUUUCACAGCGUUUCCAUAUUAUCACUGCACAACGAUUUAAAUUUGAGAAUUCAUUUCGCUAAAAUUACCACAGCGUUUAUCAACUAUCGAGAUCCAGACAUGACAAUUGUUGAACCCGUGACACGUCAGCGGAUAUCUGCAUCGUUUGUUGUGGUCAGCAGCGAGAUGACACCCUCAUCACGGCACUCGCAACUUGAUGUAAUGCGUAGUGUAGAUGAUCGUAGUGAACUUUUGAUGUCAGAAUCAAAUCCAGAAGAUGAUGACGAGAUGCCAAUGAUGUCUUUAUUUGGUGGUAUAUUUCCUCAACCUCGAAUAUCGUCUUUACAACAAGAAUUGGAAGGUUCGUCCCCCCGUGAACGUCCUUCUUCUGCACCUAUGUUGACAGAUACAGUUAGCUCAUCGUUUGUCCCAAUUGGCAUGAACUCCCCACAUCCCAGCCAAUCAGUUUGUAGCGACGAUCAUACUGAACAGGACAAGGGUUUUGGUCGCCCUCUUGCACAUGGUCGUAUCUUCACAACUGCGCCUUUUGGUCCAGCGUUUAGAGAAUUUGCUCAUGGUGAACACGUGGAUGGUAGUACACCUAUUGUUUUAAAGGCCUCGCUCUUGUUACAUCGCAUUGAUGAAACUGGUCGAAAGAGCAGUCAUGUUCUUAGCUCAAACACACAUUCAAGUAUUUUAAGAUACAUCCUUGAGCAGUACGAUGCAUUGUCAUGGCUCACGGUUGAUUCAAUGUCUGAAGAUCGCUCCUCUUGUCUUCCAGCACAUUACGUAUCGUUAUCCCAAAUGACUCGGGCUUUCAAUGGCUUAUUGACUUAACGAAAUACUAUUUUUACCUCUAAAUAUAAAUUAUGAAAUCAGAAGUAAGUUAUUAAUAAACGCUUGGUAAUUUUCCUCACUGCUAUAUGUUUAAAGCAACUUUUGAUCUGAGCACGGUGCUUUGUUGAAGCAUGUUGAACAUAUUUCAUUAUCUAUUUAAGUUUGUGAUCAAAACUAACACAUGAUUUCAUCAUUGAGUCGUGCCAGAAAAACUUUCCAAAAGAUUUGACCAAACAAAAGUAAUGCUGCGAUAUUUUAACAUUGUGGUAGAUCACAUUGUUACGAAACCUAAAUUAUUUUACAAGCUAGCAUCCCGAAGAAUUGGAUUUCACUGUCUUGCAAAUUUUCAUUACAAAAGCCUGGUUUUUAUUUGUUGAAAUUCGCACCAUUAUGUUUUUUUGUAAUCGUAACCACAGUUUUGAUUAACCCUUCACCACAAGAAAUAUAAAAAUCAGUGUUUAUUACCAAGUGGCACCUAAACCAUAUCGCCAUUGCAAUAUAUUAUACACUUGCGGUCUAUAUUUUUCAACUUUUUUUAACUUUGUCAGUAGAUGAAAAACCAAGCGACUUAACGACUAUAGAUAAAAAAAAAACACGCAACCUUGUUGAGGUAUAUUUUAUGAAAUAUGUACAGUAUUUUAAUUCAUACAAUUAUUGUAAUUAUUCCUAUUUGACAGUCGUGCGUAUGUCGAUUUUUUGAGGUAAAAACACGCAAUUGUACACAAAAAUCGAUCAAAUAACUAAGGUUUUAAGUCGAUUUAAUUUUUGAUGGAACUGUUCUUGGGAUGAUUAUGUAAUUUUAAUAGAAUUAUCGGUAAUUUUAACCGUUGUAUAUUUAUAUACAGUUAUGGCUUUUGAAGCUUGCUGAAUUUACUAGAUUUAUGAAAUGCAGUGUAUAUUGGUAAAUGAAAUUAAUAGUAUAGUAUUUGUAGUUGACCUAGGAUAUAAAGGAAUGUAGUACUUUAUAUAUAUAUAUAUAUGUUAUCGCUUAGUCUCGUUAUUCGUUGUUUUUGUAGAUAGCGCACUUAUCGAGCACACGUAUUUAUAAGCUCAGCUAAAUAUAUCCGCAAAUUUACCUACAAUUGUAAACGAAGCGAAUGUAGUUAGCAAAACAAUUAAAUUAUUCUUUUCAUUAGA